GUUGAGGUUUGGAGGCGUAGACCGCUGUACAUUACUAUAAUGUGGUCAUUGCUGAAGUUGGUGUAACUAGAGAAGCAAACGGUUGGCAAAAUUCAUCUCUCGAGGGGGUGACUAACUCUGUGUUACGGUGUAUUUGACCAUGACUCAAACUUAGUACCCCCUUACACUGGUUUCAGGGAUGAAAAAAACUACAAUCUAAGAAUCAGUAAUCAUGUCACUGAUGGUCUUAUUCGCUUGUUAUUAACAAGCAUUUAACAUGAAUUUCAGUCUUUUUCAAAAACUCCUUACAGAAGCUUUAAAUGUGAAAAGUAUUUUGCAAAUUAAGGGAAAUGCAACUUUUUGUUGUGUAUCUGCCUCUGCUUUUGGCCUAUAUUUUCACAUGGCACAAUUAUCAAAUUGGAAACACUGACAAUUUCAGUUGUAAAACAUAGAGCAGUUGUUUUAAUUUUUGCAAAAGUCUCUGUUGGACACAUGAAGGCGCCAUUUCCAUGCACUUAGAAAGAGAGGCUCUUUGUUUUGAUAAAGAUACGGAUAAGAGAUGUCAAGUUUUUUUAGGCUAGUACUGUAAACAUUAAAUUUUAAAGAAGAUACUAUCUUUCCAAGCUUCAAAUCAAGGCAAAAUAUAAAGUUAGUAUUUAAUGAGAGGUGUACAGAAAAAAGCGCACACCGCAAAUGUGGCAGGGUAUUUUUGCUUUUGAAUGCUUCAGUCUGCCUGUCUACCCUGCGACAAUGAUGAAGACAAAUAUAGUCUUCAUGAAAGCCUCCAAAAGUCAACAAGGGACUCUCCGCCGCUCUCUGUGUGAGCCCCGCAUCCUAGCAUUUCCAUUACGCACAGCCAGCCGAACGCUCACAUGCCUCCUGAACGAGCUCUCCGGCGCGCAGGAAGCGCCUCGGUGACUCACGAGGACCUUACAGAGGACGACACAUGAGCUCCUGGCAUCUUUGUCACCUCCGAAAUUAACCUUUUAUAUUUCCAGCGUGCGUUGAAUCAAUUACUCUGCCUAUUAUCAUGUCACGGUUCGCGUAUCUCCCCCCGGGCGGAGUAGGAGGUGGCGGUGGGGAAGGAGGAGUGCGGUUUAGUCCCUCAAAAAGUUCCACUCUCCCUCCAGAGAAAACCCUUUGAACAUUUUUGGGCUUUAUUUUUUUUUUCUAGCUGGACAUUGGAGUAUUUCCACCAAUGAGCCGCGCACCCUGAGGGGAGAUGGAUUUGGAGGUGAAGGAUGUGAACAGGUCGAGCUGUUUGUCCCAGAAUGAGAGCGAGUGCGGACUGAGCGCGUCUUCAGCUGGAGUGUCCACUGCGCUGGCCAGCGUGCUGAUCUUCACCAUAGUGGUGGAUAUCCUGGGAAAUGUCCUCGUCAUUCUGUCUGUGUUCAGGAAUAAAAAGCUCAGGAAUGCAGGUGAGGGUUUUAAAACAUACAGAGAUAUGUGCUUUUGUGGGAGUAAAUGUUGGUCAAAGCAGUCUUAUGAUGUGGCUGAUUCAGGAUAAACACGCACUGAAAAUAGAGCCAAGCUUAAACAUCUUUUUCAGAGUGACCUGCAGUAUAUGGGGUGCCCUGCUCUUCAUUCAUAACUAAAUUAUGUAAUACAACAUGCAGAGUGUGACCUCUGACAAACAGGCUGCUAUCACUGACUCCACAGUCUCAUUAUGGUGCCUCUCCUGCCUGCUGUCGUGUCUCUUAAAAAUUAUAACUCUCCCUUCUUUCUUCCAUCUGCUUCUCUCCUUGGUCCUCCAUUCUUAGAUGAAUCACUUCCCUUUUUAUGUCCUCACCUGAGCUGUCCCACCAGCAUGCUGCCAAGGUGACAGACACGCUGUUGUAUGGCUUUUGUGUCCUUUUGGACAGGUUUAGUGUGGAAGUCAACCUCAUUUUUUCUUGUGUUACACCUAAAGGCAGCAGCGUGAAGGCGAGGAAUAUAUUUAUUAUGUCAUUUUAAUGCCAUUUGUUUUAGUUGGAGAACAUAGCAUCAUCAGUCAACUGAACCCUUUCACCUUCUAGCCUUUGAUAAAUGGCCACAGUGUCAGGAGGAGUUUGUGUUUCUUUGUUCUGUUUUCAUGAAAGAUAUAACUCUUGAUCAUGAUUGUCAUAAAUGAUACAAAAGGGCUGGAAAGAGUCAGAGAAUUUAAUCUAAUUUCUGGGUUAUUAAAAGAAGUCUAACUUGUCUUGUUGCUGAAAGCAGAGGAUGCCCUCUCUGACCCCAGUUUUACAGUCAUUUAUCCUGUUUUAUUUUUCUGAGCAUAGUUUACUCCCCAUCCGCUCCUUGUAAGCAGAAUAUACUGAUUUGUUUCUGUGACAGGCGUAACCCCAUAAAUUAUGUGGCAUAAUCAAAAUGUACUUUGUAAACUUUUUAUACUGACAUGAGAGGUGAUUGAGAGGAUGAUACCACGCAGUCGAACCCUUAAUCACUUUUCAAGAGGAGGAUGAAACUUUUGUACAUAGAAUACAUAAAAUACACAGAGGUAAAUAAAGCUCCGCUGGGGGACUUUUCAUUGUUGUUGAUUCUGGCGCCCCCUGUCAACAAAGCGCUACCAUUUAUUUCGUUAUUAAUGCUGUUCUGGAUAUAACCCUAACCAUCCUGAUCCAGCAUGUCGCAAACCAAUCUCCCACCCAUUUUUCCAUGCUGUCUGCUGUCAUACUCUCUCAUGAUGAAGACAAAAAGCCUGAGAAUAAAUCUUUUAAACAAAUUUUUGAAAAAAAUCUCACCCUGCAUUUUUCUAACUGAGGUUGCCAGAGGUGUGCAGCCCCCCUUAAAUCUGAUCGGCCACCCACAGUACUAUCCUGAAAUUCUUAACUUUGAAUAACUAUUUGUAAAUGUGAGACUUAUCUUGAUAUUUUCUAAUUUUUUUUUUUUUUUUUGACAAUUUGCUGGUCAUCCUCUUUGCAUUAAAAAAAAAGUAAUAAUAAUGUUUCCUUUUGUUUGUACUUAAAUUCUAGGAAGCGAUUUAACAUAUCAAUUUCAUAGUUCAGGUGUGCGGAAGAGGAAUCACUCCAAAGACAAUUGCAAGCAAAUUCCUGCAUAACAACUAAAUGCCAAAACAACAUUUAUUCACUAUUUUUUUGCUUAUAGAUAUUUGUUUAAUGUAAUUGUCAUUCCCCUUUGAGUCCCCGAAGAUUUGAGCUCAAACAAUUGAGAUGUUUUGUUUCUAUUGUAAUACUUUGAAAGUUGUAAAUUUUAUAGAGGAAUAUAAAUGUAUGUAAAACUUAAAAGUGAUUAUAGACCAGAGCGAAAGGGUAUUAAAUGUGUCUCCCUCGCAUAACACGGUGUUUCACUUGGGCCACCUCAGGGAAAAAAUAAAUAAAUAAAUAGAUAGACAACUUACAGUCUUCGCAGAGGAAAAUGUAAAAAAUAAAAGGUAAUUUCAGCAGCCUGCAGUUCUUCACUGUGACCAAUAAUUACCUCCAAACAGUGGUUUUAGAUAUUACAACUAUAUAAGAAUUGUUAAUUUUAGAGCUGAUGAUCUUCACUGUAAAAGUAAGUUUACACAAAAUACAGAAAAAAAUGUAAAAUAUCGAAUCUACAAUCGGUUUUACUAGAGUAAACACGCUGAAUUUCUGUAAAUACAGAAACAGUACAAAACUUAGAUUUUUACAGUCUUCAUUUAUAGAAAACAUAUUUUGCUGUCAAAUUAAAUUUUUAGUAAAAUUAAUAAGAAAUUACUGUAAAAUAAAUCACAGAUGUUGCUUAUGUGUACGAUUGGAUUUGCAGUAUUCCACCUUUAAUCAUACUUUGAUUUCCACCUACACAAAUAUUAUAAAUAGAAUAUAUGAAAAUGUCCAUGUCAGGUAAAUGUAUGUGUUCAAAUAUUAUUACUUACUGUCCUUUUAUGAAACUUUUAUUCAAACCUUUAUCUUAAUGGAUAAUUUUGGUUUGUUUUACUAUCAUUAAAAAUAGAUGUAUAUAUUUUUCCAGUUAAUGCUCUGAUAAUUCAGGGUAUAAAAAAAGCAAAUGUUGUGCUUCUUUCAAGUCUGGUUGAUUUACAGUUGAAAUUAUAAACUCAUAGUCCUGUAAUUUUGAACAACCCCUUAACAAAUGCUUCUAUUAGUCUUAUCUUACGUUGUAAAUGGUGUCCGUUGAAGUCCAUUUCCUUCCAUAGGAAACUGAUCAUAUCUCACUAUUGGCCUGUUUGUUGUCUAUAAGAAAAAUACAGUGUAGGGGCCAGAGGAUUUCCAAAGAAGCUAACACUGAGCAUUUUCCGUGAAAUCCCAAAGUAAAUGCUAUUUUUAGUCUUAUCAUUUUUGAGGUUGUUUGUUGUCUGGUUUGGAAAAAUAAAUAGAGUACAGUGACAAAAUAAGAAACAGCCACAUGAUGAUUUAAGUGAUAAAACUAAUAUUGUAGCCCUUCAGGUGUUGUGACAUAACAAGCAGUUAUAAAAAAAUAGAAGAAGUGUACAGAAGGCAUGUUGUAUUCUCCAGCUGCAUAAAUAUAGAAAAAGCUAACCAAACUUCCUUUGCAAAAAAAAUGAGCCCAAAACAAUGAGCUGUAUGAAAUGUCUCUCAGGAACUACGAACUACGAGAAGAAAGAGUCUCUGAAAUUAUAGAUAUGAUGUUGCAGCUGGAAUUCACACAUAUAAACCAGCACUUAAAUGGUUAAAAAUAAAGUCGGGGAGCUUGCUGUUAAGGUAAAAAAGUAAACCCAGUGAUCACAACAUGAAGCUAAUGAGAACAUAUGAAUCAGGCAGCAGGAUUAGGUCAACAAGUGUUGGAAAUAAUGAGCUUUUAAUUACACUUAGAAACAUGUUACAUAACAUGUGUGUUCCUGUGUACAGCAGCCAAAAGCAGUUUGGCCUGAAGUUUAGGAGUCCGGAGAAUUAUCUGAUUAACCGGUUUGAAAAAUAAAAGCCACAGUCCAGUGGUCUCAAACAAGAGAGCAGGUUCGUUCAAAUGUCCUCUCCAUGGACUCUAAUUGGAUGGACUGAGAAGUCAUAGUCACACGAGAGUCCACGCCAGUGUCACCAUGUCCCUGCUGGUCAGCAUAUAUGAGCAGAAACAUGAGACUCCUAUAGCAGCUUUGAAGCCUUAUUUCUCUAUUUCCUCUUUUGAGUGUGUCCUUAAGUGACUGGAAUUGUUCCUGCUGUUCCCCACAUGCAACUCCUCUGUGCUCCUGACAAGCUAUUUAUAGGUUUAGCUCACUUUGUAUGAAUGUUUAAUUCUACAGACCGUCUGAAAGGAAAGCACGGACUCAAAUGAAGAACAGGUGUAGAUGAUCUGCGUGCUGUAAAAAUUUAUUUUGUGAUGGAUGGCUGUUUCGUAAAGGGCUGUUAGGCGCGCUAUAAUACAAUAACAUCCUCUGGGCCCACAAACAGAGUCGUGAGUGAUAUAUGGAGGGAUAAUUUGUGAUUUACAGACACUCAGAGGUGUAUCUUUGUAGAAUCUCUGAGUCUGCUGAAUACAUCCCAGCUCCUCUCUGUCUUUUCCCGACUCUGACACAGCAGCAGCAGCAGGACCUUUCCACUCCGCUUCACUUCACUCAUCUUGCAUGCUGCCUCCAUAUAUCCCUCAACCACUCAAGUCCCCAAAACACAUGCUUGUGCACACGUUUGUUAGAUUCUGCCAUAUCUCUCGAGCAGUAUAUUCCUCGUUACGUAAUACAUUUGAGGAGAAUUGGUGCAAUAUGUUCCCCUGUCACAGGUUUGCAGGUCCUCUCAAGUGUAAAAAUGUAACAGGAUCUAAGGAGUGAAUCUUCAAAGCGUAGAGCGUGGCACUAUAGAAUUGCCAAUGGGCUGUAAACACUUGAGUUUCCCACUGAGGGUUGACCAUACUAAAAAUACUCUCAGAAAAUACAGUCAUGAGGGAGAAAACGAGGGGGAGGAAGAGGAGGAGGACGGAGAUGGAGGAAAUAAGGAAAGAUGAGUCUGACUGUGAGUUCGUUUUGGGGAAGCUGUGAGUCCUGAGAUGAUUGAAUUUUCGUGAACCAUGCACUGCAUCCCGUCAGUCAGUCUACAGUCAUGAAUAAAACUUAAACUCCACAGUGUCCGGGGGGGUUAAUUGAGUCAGCAGACUUUGUGAGUCAAACCAGAAGCCAAUUUACAUUGACAGCACUGAUCCUCGGGGAAUAUCACUUAGCACACUACAUUAAACAUAUCCUCUCUUCCCAACAACACAACAGCACGUGACGUUGAAUUUCUCGUGUAGGUAGGAUGAUAUCAGGUUAAUCUUAUUGGAUUUAAAGACACAGAUAUAGUAGACACGCGGUUGUGUUGACAUUGCAUCCGCUCUUACCUUCUCCUGCAGGAAGCUGUGUCUUUGAAUCAUAUUUCAACAUUAAAAUCCUACUUCCUGGACUGCAUCCUUAGAGGGAAAUUCUGUCGGACUGCUUGUGUCGUGAUAGUCUGCUCCUCUCAGGGCCCAAUGAGUCUUAUUUUCUUAGACAAGUGAAGACUGAUUGGUGGAUGGUGUCUGAUGAUAAUGGUGAUAAUUUUGGCCUGGCUGUAUCACCAAAAGGCAGCUUGUGUCAAAAUGUUAAACUUCCUGGCAAGCAGAGGAAGAUCCCAGGCCUCUUUGAAACAAGUUAAUGAAGCAGUCAGCAUCAAUUCAUCACUGCUAAUAUCCUUGAUGAGAGGUUAUUCCUCAUAAUUUAUGACGAGAUGAACAAGUAAAUCAGAAGUGAUCUGAUUUGGGAGUGCGCCUCAAGUUCUACAGCUAGAUUCAAGAGAUGCCAACCCUCCCACACAUUUUGUAAACCCAUCUUUCCUCUGAAAAAGGUGUGCAAAUAUAGCAGUGUGAAUCAAAGUGUGGUAUAUCAUCUUUCCAGUGUGAGUGAUGGGAUACAGACGUUGGGUUUGACACAGGAACCUAAGCCCUUGAGACUCACUCGUGCUCAUAACCGUGGGAGUCAUCAGAGUGGAAAUCCACUCAGCCAUCAGGCUUUUGUUUUGACUCUUCUUUUAUUUAUCUCCUGCACUCGCAUCUUCAUUAAGUAGCUAUUCUUGCUCCAGCAUAACUCCCCUUUUAUUUCCUGUAUUGUUAUGAUCAGAUUUAGAUUUAGAGAAACUAGAAAGAGGCAAUCUACCAUAAAUAUGCCCACAUUGCGCAAAAAGACUAUUUUAAAUGCAGGUAUGCAGGUUUAUGAGGAGUGGGGUGGCAGGCUGCUGCUGCUGUCGAAUUUAUUCCUGAUAUGUUGCAGCCUGGUGUGUGCUGGUGACACAUGUCAUGUCAGUUCUGAGCUGUUUGGUUUGCAUUUGUUUUUUUUUUCUCUUGCCAAGAAUGUUGUGUGACAGACACAGUUCACAGGAGGUUUGGUGACUCUCAGAGGACCUUUAAAGCCAGGAUCAGUUAAAACGAUGCAACAUUUCACUAGUUUGACAGCGUGAUUACACUAAGGGAUCACAUCAUUUCAGAGACACUGUUGUCAGAGAAGUUAAGGGCUGCAAGUAAGUCCCCCCCGAUGGUCUUAAACCAAUUGGCAUUUAGGUUUAGCUCCAUGCAACUCACACUUGUUGGUAAUAAUAGCUCUGAAAGAUAUCACUGACCACAGUUCUAUUCUGGUGUCUAGAAAAAAGGACGUCUUUUUGUCUUUGCUUGUUUAUGCUCAAACAACAAUGUUUUGUGUGCCGUGGGCUGGAUGUGAGAAGGAUGAGGCCGGCCAAGUUGGUUAAUCGAACAGCAGAGAGGUAAUGGUUCGUCCAGUGUUUAAAUAAUGAAUGCCAACAAAACAAAAGACAGUCAUCUGGCUGCUGCUCAGCAAUCCUCUCAGCGGUGUUUUAGCACUUACCUCAUCCCCUCGACGAUAAAAGGGGGGAAAGACGGUUCAGCCAGAGUGAGCUACGAGGCCGUAACAUGCCUCGCCCAGCCAGCAAACACGAUAACACCAAGCCACAUGUUGUCAGUGAGGAAUCAAACCUCUGCACUAUGACAAAUGUGCAGCGCGCACUGUGAGCAUCACAAAUACAACCUGACAGAUUUGCCCACUGAGCUGACUCGGGAUGAAGAACAAAUGCUUUUAUUUUUAUCUCAGCAGGCUUGAUUGGGGGGCUCAUUCUGUGUUAGAAACAUGGAAAAUGUCUUCUGCCGAGUACCUGCCAGGUCUGUGGUAAAAUGUGAAACCCUCACAUGUUGUCUUUUUUAAUCAAAACCAAAAAGGACUCAAUUCAGUAAGCAUAAUAGCAAGCUUUUGUUUCUGUGUAAUAUAGUCUCUAUCCAUUGUUGGCCUUUUUUAAAACCAUGUUUAAUGGAUCAAGUUCAGCCAAGUGAAUUAAAAUUAGACCCGUUGCUAAACAACAAACUGUAGCUGUGUUGUCUCUGGGGUGCAGGGAUUAAAACAAGCUUUGAAUGCCGAGGAUUGAUCGUGGACAUGUGUUUUAAAUCCACUCCCAUCAAAACUGCCAAUCAACCCUGUUGUUUCAGCUGUCGUCUGAGUGAGCGAGGGAGAGAGAGCCCUGAGCCUUCACUUUUCAACUUUAGUUUAUGUUUUAUCAACCCCUGGAUCAACCCAAUGUCUGACCAAAGCUGUUGGUGAAAUGGGGCCAGUUUUCAUUAUCCUGUAUAUGUCAUUCAGGCUGCAGAAAACACACGUUUAAAUCAAAACCAGCAAUGUUGUAUGAGACACAGGCGUGAAUGGUGGUGAGGGUAGAAAAAGCGGUAUGUGGUCAUUUUUUUGGGAACGUUUUUUUUUUUUUUUUUUCAUGUAGAUCACCUUGGUGCUUCUCAGUACAUGAACAACAAGUUACAUAAUAACUUUUAUCUCUAGAGGGCUGGGUCAACUGUACUCAAUGUGGCCAAAUAUGUCGUUUAUUUGUGCCAAAUCUUCACUUCAUCAUUUUGUGAAAUCCUAAAUCAAUUGUGUUGUGGCUCAACUUUGUGCUCUUGUUAUCUAUCUCUCUAUCUUACAAAACAACAGUUUAAUUUGAUGUUACAUUCUCCUCCACCCAGACCAUCUGCAGUGUACCAAUAUCAGACGUCAUUUUCUAUGAUUCUUGUUCUCUGUAAAGAUCCAGUUUAACAUUACCAUUAUUAGUUUGUAACACGGGGCCUGAACUCGUUAGGAUGUAAUAUGAUGAUAAAAUCGCCUAUGCCCUGACUUUUAUGCACUUAAAGCCAAUGUUCAGCUUUCUGGAAGCAUUAUAGCAGCUGCACUUGAGCCUUUUAUCAGGAUGGAUCCUCCAGAUAAAUGAUGUUGACAGGGACUAAAUGAGUUGUGUCUUUCACUGGAAAAAUCGGGGGUCAUAUGCAAGGAAGCAUGAUUUGAAUUUUCAUGCAAGACUCAAAGACACACAACCAAGAGAUCCUGGAAGACUGCAGUUUUUUUCCAAUGUUGCAUUGAGAUGAAUGCUAAUUAAAUUAUGUACAGUGUGCUAUCUAGCUAUUUCCCAACUUCACUGUGUAUCGUGUUAGCUAGCUUUCAUUUGUCAACUACAACAAAGCAAAAGCUACAGCUGAUGCCAGUUGCCCUUUGUGGUGUGUAAGGGACUUUUGAUUUAUAGGCAGUUUAAUUUAAAUUGAUUUCAUUUUUGGUUUAAAAACAAGUGACAUUUUGAAAGUGCCUCAGCCUGCACUACUCCUAAUGGCCAGCAGGGGGAUGCUGCACAAGACGUAAAGUAGAUCGCAUUAAAUGUGACCACAUGAGAAAAUUCUACUUGUUUGCUGAUUUGAACUUUUCCUCAUAGUUGUGAUCUCACUUUCAGUUGCGGGCCACAGCUGUGUAAAAUUGAACAGGUAUCAUCUGGAUAUCAAGUUGCUACCACUGAAUGUAACUUACUGGCAAAUGACAAAAUUCUUGACUUUUAAAUUAGGCAUUAUCAACAAGCCCUAGAUUACCUCUGUUGAUACCUAUGACUAUUCAUCCUUGCAUCUCUGCAGGCCCAUUUCACUUGAGAGCUAUGGACACAGAGACCCUUUUUUUAUCAAGUCUGAUUCCUAGAUGCAAAUAUACCAUCAUACUAGUUCAGACACUUCAGCCGGUAUAAGUUAAACUUUGUUUGGACAGACAUUUUUGAUUAAGGCUUCAAAUGGUAGUCCACAGUGGACAAACCAAAGGGGUCUUGUGGUCUAUAGUUGGUCUCUUUGUUAAUGGAGUUUUAUGAAAUCCAUUCUGAGAAAAACAUGGAUGCCUGAUCAUUGCAGUCAAAGGCCCGUUCACUCCAGGUCUUAACCUGAUUGCAUGAUCGUGCUACAGUCCCUGAUAUUUAUCCUCUGGGCAUAAUAAACAUAGUAGAGACACUUAGACCAGUGUGCUCUGACAAGCUGAUAGACCACCACUGCCAUCUGAGUAGCCACAAGCGCAGAUGGAAAAUAUGUGGGUUUCAAAACAGUGCCAGUGGGGAGACAGGAGUUGCUACACUGAGAGCUUUCAUAUCAAAGCAUUUGCCUGAAUCCAAAAGACGUUGUAAGCCACAUUUAAAAAGUGUCUCUUUUAUGAUGCGAAGUCAAAGUUGGACCCUGAGUGACCUAGUUUGUUUUAAGUAAUUUAUCACAGAGCAGAGAAUGAAAGGGAGUACUGUCUGCUCUUAUACACCCUUUCAGGUCAUGCUUGGUCUGUAAUCUAAUUCUGUUGUUUCUUUUCAGGCAAUAUCUUUGUAGUGAGUUUGUCGGUGGCAGACCUGGUGGUGGCCUUGUACCCCUACCCCUUGGUCCUGACAGCCAUCUUCCACAAUGAUUGGACCAUGGGUGACCUACACUGCCAGGCUAGCGGCUUCAUCAUGGGCCUCAGCGUCAUAGGAUCCAUCUUCAACAUCACAGCCAUCGCCAUCAACCGCUACUGCUACAUCUGCCACAGCCUUCACUACGACCGCUUGUACAGCCUGAGGAAUACCUGCUGCUACCUUUGCCUCACUUGGCUGCUCACCGCUGUUGCCACAGUGCCGAACUUCUUUGUGGGAUCGUUGCAGUACGAUCCUCGUAUCUACUCCUGCACAUUUGCACAGACAGUCAGCUCGUACUACACCAUAUCAGUGGUGGUGAUUCACUUCCUUAUCCCACUGCUGGUGGUGUCCUACUGCUACAUGAGGAUAUGGGUGCUGGUAAUACAAGUGAAACAUCGUGUCAAACCGGAGCAAAGGACUAAGCUAAAACCAAGCGAUGUGAGAAACUUCCUGACUAUGUUUAUGGUGUUUGUGUUGUUUGCAGUGUGCUGGGCUCCACUUAACCUCAUAGGUCUAGCUGUAGCUAUAAAUCCCGUCAAAGUAGCACCAAACAUACCUGAGUGGCUCUUUGUUACAAGCUACUUCAUGGCAUACUUCAACAGCUGUCUCAAUGCCAUCAUAUAUGGACUUCUUAACCAAAACUUCCGUAAAGAGUACAAGACAAUACUUCUUGCUCUUUGUAUCCCACGCUUGCUCCUUAUUGAGACAUCCAGGUGUGCCACAGAGGGACUCAAAAGUAAGCCUUCACCGGCUGUAACAAACAAUAAUAUUGCAGAGAUUAAUGUAUAAUCCAGUGUUUCACUGAGAAACUUAGAUUAAGCUCCAUGGAAACUCAUCAUGGAUGCGUGACAUGUUGUUCAUCCAGUGCCUUUUCACAAGAUACGUACCAUUUUAAAGAUGCAAUCAUGAGGACACUGAAGUGCAUCAUUUUUCUCUAUGUCAUGUCAGACUGUUCCCUUACUUAAAAAAAAAGAUGUCAAUGGUAUCAAAGGUACAUUCUGUGCUUUUAUGUUAGCUUCACACACCAUCCAACAAAAUGGUCAAGAGAAAGAAUAAAAUACAUAUUUACUGAAAUACAUUUGAAUCCUGGAUCAAGAGACUUACUUCAAAAAAAUCUUUGCCAUCCUAACAUCACCCAUCUUCGUCCGUCUCAUUGGCGUCUGUCCCCUCAUUGUAGCCGAACCAUACUUAAUCAAGAAGGGAGGAUGCGGUCAACAGUCAUUAGGUAGUAAUGCUAAUGCCACUCUUUUAUCUACUGAUUGAUUCAAACGUAGCUAUCGGGGCUUUCUGUUGAGUAGCUUUAGAGCCAUGUGCUCAAUGCAUCACACAGAACAUAACGCAGCUCCAAUGUCAAAUUUAUGCCAAACCAAGUAGGCUGCAUGAUCAGACUGUGAUGCUUCACAGCUAACCACCACAGAAACAUUGAACACUGUAGGGAACAGUGGUUCUGGUCAAAAUAUUAAGUCAUUAAUGAAGUCUGGUUUCAUCCUGGACAUGAAUCAUAGACUGUUUAAAACAUGGAUGUAGGCUCUGUGCCAUUACCUAUUGGUUUCUAAAGACACAUUCAGAAGUGUAAUGAUGGAGGAUGCUAUACUGGAAAUGCUCAACCCAACUUUUGUUUAACCUAGAUCACUAGCAAACAUUUGGUGCUAAUAGUAAGUUUAAGCCUCCUGGCAGGAAGCUACAAUGCAACCCACCUGUCAGUCAUCUCAGCUCGGCUGUAAAUGUUAAUUUACAGGCAUUUCAAAAUUUGACAUUAAGGUGUUUUUUAGGUUUUUGCAGCCAUCCUCAAGUGGACAUUCGAGGAACUGUAAUUGUGUGUACUUCCAUAUUGGCCUCACUUCUGAACACCUGAGGUUGCGGCUUGACAUGAAAAGGGGUCCCCCGGGUAGAAACAUUGUAUAGGACCUAUUGGCUCUCCUGGCUUAUCAGGACACACUAUGGACUGCAUUAUAAAAGAACAGGGUCAGGAUUAGGUCCAGUCCUUUAGAGGAGAAAGCAACACUAGCAAAUGCCAGCUAGCUUGGUGAAGCAACAUUCACAGGGAUAUGGAUGCCUGUUUUGGCCAGAUUGAACAAAACAGCUCCGAAUAACAAGCACUGGAGGAGCAGGAGGUCUCAGUUACACCAGAUGAAUUGGUUUGAAACACACAAUAAGAUGUCUGAGGCUUGACACGAAUAACACAUUUAAUAACAAAAUAUGUACAGUGCUGCAAAUAGACUUUGGUAUUUCUAUUCUUACGCAAGGUCACCCUGUUAGGAACAGUGAGUCACAAGAAAACCAUGCCCCAGAGUAUAAUUUUAUUAUCUAUUUAAAUGGGACUGUGAUUUGCAUAUCUAUUUUUAUGCUGUAUUAGAGAAGAACUAAACUUGACAAUAAGACCAUGAGCAUUUUUAUUUUGGACUGUUUUUUUUACAAUGGUAGCAAAUUUAGUUCAAGUCUAUUUUGAUCUCAUAGUCUUUACACAGUCAGCCUUCUUUGUGCAACAAGUCACCCUGUGCAGGUAAUUAUGAAAGAUACAUGUUUAAGACGGUUCCAGGCUGCUUUCACUUCAUGACCUGGAGGCUAUUUCAAUCGAUUUGAUCAAGUUGAUGGUAAAUACUCUGUGGAUAAUUAAUUGGAUGAUAGAUUUUACCAUAUCAUGUGCAGAGGAAUGACUUACUUUGGCACAAAUUGACUAUGUGAUUGUCAACAACAUAGUGAGAAGAAACUACAUGUAUUUUCUAUUGCCACUGUGUGUCCGUGUUUAUAAAAGCAGUGUUAAUAAUGGAAAACUGGAGGUUGGUUGUUUUUCUUUAACGCAAUAUUUAAUCUUAUGUAAGAUUAAAACUGAAGCCUUUUCAUUUAAUGCUCGUUUACUAGGAACUCAAUGCUUGUAUUUGGAUUAUAGAGGCCAGG